GAGAUAUUGCGGGACACAUUCCCGAGCACCUUUCUGCCCCGACCAGCAGAACGGAAGCUGGGUUGGUCUAUACGGAGGGGGCGGGGUCGCCGCGGGCUCAGACUCCACCCCUCGGGUGGGGGGCGGGGCUAGUGAGUUUGGCGCGCGCCACAAACCCGGUUGAUUUUGAGGGAUCGUUUUGCUGCGGCCGUUCCGAGCCUGAGCCAGGAACUAUGGCCGAGGCGGGACCGGUGCAGCCCGUUUCCCCCCCUGCGUGCCCAGGGGGCUCCACCGGUGCCGGGCCCAGGAGAAGCCGGAGAGGCAGCAGCGGGGCGCGGCCGCUGGAGCAGCUCACGGACCCGCGGGAGCUGCUGGAGGAGGUGGAGAUGCAGAUCGAUGACGCUGCGUUCUCGCUAACAAAGAUCCUGGAGGCAACCUCUGCUGUAUCAGUCCAGGUAGAAAAGCUUGCAACCAAAUGUUCAGAAAAUGCCCAAUUUCUUAAAACGUGGCGGGAUCUUCUGAAGGAAGGGUAUGAAUCUCUGAAACCCAGUGACUGAUGCUGUGCAAACACACAUAGGAGGGAACCUCAAGAGGGUACAUGGGCAAGCUGAAGCUGAAUCAUCCCACAGCAUUUUCACUUUGUUACCCUUGUCUUGUAAUGCCAGGACUCGUCUCUCGGCCAUGCUGGUUU